AUGCAAUUAAACACUGUCUUCGUCCUUACCGGACUCCUGGCCCUCACAAGAGCCACUCCGCAAUCCCCAGAACAAUCCACUGCCGCAGCCAACGCCCUCAUCUCCUACUUCGAAGACCUCUCCACCAACACUGCCUUCCUCUCCGCCAUCGAAGCUCUCGAAACCGACAGUGCAGCUGUCUCAUCGCUCUCCGCAUUCGAAGCCUCCGUCUCAUCCGUCUUCGAGAACCAGGAAACACUCGCAACAGAUUACUUGAAUGGCGUUCCAGAGACCAUCCGUCUGUUCUUCAGCAGCGUUUAUCAAGCUGAAGCGAGCAUCUUGACUGCGAAUGGGUUUAGCAACGCCUUGAAGAGUGCGACGGCUACGGCAACUGGUGCGGGUGCGCAGGCAACAAGGUCGAGUACUGCUGGUGCGGCAAGGGAAACGGGGUUGGGGAGAGUCGGACAGGUUGCUGUUGCUGGGGUGGUGGGGUUCGUGGGUGUGGUAAUGGCAUUGUAA